CUGUUCUUGUGGGAGGUGUAGGAGCCUCGCGAUAGUAUUGACGCCUAUGGAAAGGUUAGAUUGGUAGGCCACUCCAGACGCACUGCAGGGGUGUAGGGAGGUUUGUGUUAAAAAUGUCCACAUUUGUGGCAUGGCCUGGAAAGUGCCCGAUGGAUUGACUGACGCUAGAGAUUUUCAAGUUUCGAAAAUGACAGGAUUUCAUGAUCACUGACGCCCGUGUCUAUUUGCUUUCUCUCGUCGAAAAGUAGCUUGAUGAGUGUCCAAAGUAACAGUGGAAGUUUGGAGGGGACGCCAUCUUGGUCCCAGUUAUCCACGUCCCCAACAUCGGGCUUAAUUUCUCAGCAAAAUAUCACGGUACCGGUGAAGGCCAAGGAAGGUGGGAUGGAGGAGCUGCACAGCCUGGAUCCUCGGCGGCAGGAGUUGCUGGAGGCGCGCUUUAUGGGGGGGGUGAGUGGAAGCACUGGGAGCACCGGGAGCACCAGCGGGGGGGCCACCAAGGGCUUGACAAACAAUGAAUGUUCGAACCACAGUUUUGGAAGUCUUGGUUCCUCAAGUGACAAGGAAUCUGAGACCCCUGAAAAGAAGCACUCGGAUUCCUCGCGGGGGAGGAAGAGAAAAGCGGAGAAUCAGUCGGAGAGCAGCCAAGGGAAGACCGUUGUACGGGGAUCCAAAAUUAGCGAUUACUUUGAUUUCCAGGGUGGAAAUGGGUCAAGUCCGGUGAGAGGCCCGCCCAUAGCUCUCCGCUCUCCCCAAAACUCACAUUCCCAUAGUGCACCGGCUUCCACAAUUAGACAAAAUAGUUCAUCACCUACAAGUUUGUCAUUCGGGGACCAUAUGAUGCAUUCAAAACAGUUAUCAAUUAAGAGUGUCCAGACUGACCUUACUGUUCUGAAGUUGGCUGCGCUUGAAAGCAACAAAAACCAGGACCUGGAGAAAAAAGAGGGGAGAAUAGAUGACUUGCUUAGGGCAAACUGUGACCUUAGGAGACAAAUUGAUGAACAGCAAAAAUUACUUGAAAAGUAUAAGGAACGCUUAAAUAAAUGUAUCACCAUGAGUAAGAAGCUGCUAAUUGAAAAGAGCACGCAGGAGAAGCAGGCGUGCAGGGAGAGGAGCAUGCAGGACCGCCUGCGGCUGGGGCACUUCACCACCGUGCGCCACGGAGCGUCCUUCACCGAGCAGUGGGCCGACGGCUUCGCCUUCCAGAACCUGGUCAAGCAGCAGGAGUGGAUAAACCAGCAGAGGGAGGAAAUUGAGAGGCAAAGGAAGCUGUUGGCCAAGCGGAAACCCCCCACGGCGAACGCCUCCCAGGCUCCCGCCACCAACUCCGAGCCCAAGCAGCGCAAGGCCAAGGCGGUGAACGGCGCGGACAACGACACCUUUCUGAAGCCCAGCCUGCCCCAGCUGUUGACUUUAGCCGAGUAUCACGAGCAGGAGGAGAUAUUCAAACUUCGGCUCGGCCACCUCAAGAAGGAGGAGGCUGAGAUUCAGGCGGAGCUGGAGCGGUUGGAGCGCGUGCGGAACCUGCACAUCCGGGAGCUGAAGAGGAUCAACAACGAGGACAGCUCACAAUUCAAAGACCAUCCCACCUUGAAUGAAAGGUAUCUACUGCUACAUCUUCUGGGAAGAGGUGGCUUCAGUGAAGUGUAUAAGGCCUUUGACUUGUUCGAGCAGCGAUAUGCAGCGGUGAAAAUACACCAACUCAACAAGAACUGGAGAGAGGAGAAAAAGGAGAACUACCACAAGCACGCCUGUCGCGAGUACCGGAUACACAAGCAGCUGGACCACCCUCGGAUCGUGAAGCUCUACGACUACUUCUCCCUGGAUACGGACACGUUCUGUACGGUGUUGGAAUACUGUGAAGGCAACGACUUGGACUUCUACUUGAAACAGCACAAACUCAUGUCAGAGAAGGAGGCCCGCUCCAUUGUCAUGCAGAUUGUGAAUGCACUACGAUACCUGAAUGAAAUCAAGCCACCCAUAAUCCACUAUGACCUAAAGCCAGGUAACAUCCUCCUCGUGGAUGGCACGGCCUGCGGGGAGAUCAAGAUCACAGAUUUCGGUUUGUCCAAGAUCAUGGAUGACGACAACUACGGAGUGGAUGGCAUGGACCUGACGUCACAGGGCGCGGGGACGUACUGGUACCUGCCGCCUGAAUGCUUCGUUGUGGGCAAAGAACCUCCAAAGAUUUCUAACAAGGUGGAUGUCUGGUCCGUGGGCGUCAUCUUCUUCCAGUGUCUGUAUGGAAGAAAGCCGUUUGGCCACAACCAAUCACAGCAGGACAUCCUGCAGGAGAACACCAUCCUCAAAGCCACCGAAGUCCAGUUUCCUGUCAAGCCUGUCGCCACUAAUGAAGCAAAGGUUGGUCUUUUCGGCACAGUGCGCAGAGGUCGUGGGCAGUGGUCAUCGUCAUAACUGACACCACUUACUCUUCUUCUUCUUCUGAAGUUCUCAUCAGACUACCCCAGUCAUAUAGCGCAGCCCUAAUAAUAAUAGCAC